AUCUGUUUUCCUCUGUGUGAUCUGUGUCCUCUGUGUCCUGUGUGUGAUUUGUGUCCUUUGUGUGAUACGUGUUCUCUGUGUGAUCUGUGUCCUGUGUGUGAUCUGUUAUGUGAUGUCUCUGAUGUCUGGAAAGACUGGACUUCCAUGAAAAACAUUUCCCACACUCAGGACAGGAAUACGGCUUCUCCCCUGUAUGAGAUCUCUGAUGUGUGGACAGAUGGGUCUUCUGAGAAAAACAUUUUCCACACUCAGGACAGCAAUACGGUUUUCCCCCUGUAUGAGAUCUCUGAUGUAUGUAAAGAUCGGACUUCUGUGAAAAACAUUUCCCUCACUCAGGACAGGAAUACGGCUUCUCCCGCACGUGAGAUCUCUGAUGUGUGUAAGACAGGACUUCCAUGAAAAACAUUUACCGCACUCAGGACAGGAAUACGGCUUCUCCCCUUUGUGAGAUAUCUCUGAUGUUUGUAAAGAUUGGAGUUCUGUGAAAAAACAUUUCCCGCACUCAGGACAGGAAUAUGGCUUUUCCCCUGUGUGAGAUCUCUGAUGACAGAAUACAGCUUUCUCCCCUGUGUGAGAUCUCUGAUGUAUGGUAAAGACUGGACUUCAUGAAAAACAUUUCCCGCACUCAGGACAGGAAUAUACGGCUUCUCCCCCGUGUGAGAUCUCUGAUGUGUGUUAAAGAUAGGACUUCGUUGAAAAACAUUUCCCGCACUCAGGACAGGGCUUCUCCCCUGUGUGAGAUCGUUUUUAUGCCUAUUAAGAUGGGAUGUAGAAUGGAACCUCUUUCCCGCACUCAGUACAGGAGAAGCUCUUCUCC